CGUUCUUGUUUCAACGUUGCGACGUAAAUAUAAGACGAUAUGGAGGAGCAAAUCACUCGUUUGGUAGAUAAAUUAAAAAACAAGGUCUCGGAGCUCCAACCGGGCUCCCGAUACCUCGUAGCCAUCUCUGGCAUCCCAGGCUCUGGCAAGACAACUCUAGCCUUGGCCAUAACCGCACGCCUCAAUGCCUCCCACGCCGCCUCCAACCCCUCUUCCCCCCCUUUAGCUGUCUAUGUCCCCAUGGACGGCUUCCACCUCACCCGCGCCCAGCUAAGCGCCAUGCCCAACGCCGCGGAAGCUCACGAGCGGCGCGGCGCCCCCUGGACCUUCGACCCGCAAAAACUCCUCGAUUUCGUGCGGGCGAUGAAGGACCCAGCACGGGGCACCGUAUUCGGGCCGUCGUUUGACCAUGCGCUCAAGGACCCGGUGGAGGAUGAUGUGAGGGUCGAUGAGAGCGCGCGGGUUGUGGUGCUGGAGGGGCUGUAUCUGAGUCUGGAGGUGGGGUUGUGGGGGGAGGUGGGGCGGGAGAUGGAUGAGCGGUGGUUUGUGGAUGUGGAGAGGGAGGUUGCGACGGGGAGGGUGGUGGAAAGGCAUGUUAAGAGUGGGGUUUGUGCGUCCAGGGAGGAGGCGGUGGAGAGGGCGACGGGGAGUGAUGCGUUGAAUGCGGAGGAGAUUAUAGCGGGGAGGGGGGAGGUGGAGGAGGUUAUUAGGAGUGUGCAGGAUGAGAAGUGGGCGGGGUUGAAUGUUGAGGAUGAUGAGUAGGGAGGGUGCAGGGCGCGAUAUUAGACGGUGUUUCACUACCAAGGCUAUCGUAGAUGAAGCGAUAUGAUAUUUAUUGGAAUUCGGGGUAUCAGUUUCAAAGGGGUUACUUGCUCUCGGAUUCGGCACUACGGAGUAAUCGCAGGACGUCAGAGACAAGAUAUAAACUCCCUGCGAUAACCAGGGGCCCACCUGCAGCAGUAUCAGCCGCCCAGCGCAGUGCUCCCGAGACAUCGCUGCCAGCGUCAUGCUGCUGUGAAGUUUCCACACCAGCGCUAGAAAUACUGCUGAGGAUAUCCUUCGAUGACAUUGGUUGUACCCACGGCAUCCCAUCAACGGCCCCGAACUCAGUCGUCACCACGUUGUCGCCAGGCUGCACAAGGGGCUUCAGAAUGUUAUCGAGCUCUUUCCCAGCUGAUGCGGC